AUGGCCGAGAUGGUCAUACUUGAGGACCGUGUCAACACGAUGGACUUAUGUCUCGUUGGAGUCGUCGUGCGUGACAUGGGCGAGAUGAUGAGGGUUCUUAACUACGUCUUCGCCGACGAGCGAGAUAACGUCAACGCGGACGCGGGCUCAGACUGA